AGCGUUCCCAGACUGACUACAGGACACGCGGGACGUGGAGUUGGAGCUGCUGGGGGUGGCGGAGGUCAAUCAAUGGCAGGCAUGACGGGGAAGCGGGACUGAGCUGCUGCGGGACUGAGCUGCUUCGGGACCUCUAGGAUACUUGCCGGCCCGCUCAGCCUGGAGUGGGGACCGUGAGUCAGAUCUCCAGCGCCCGCGGGUCGGGAGGGAGGUGGGGGUAGGUGGCAGGUCAGGAAAUGACAUCAGAGGCCUGUGCUGGGGAAAGGGUGGUCUGUGCCCGGCGGGGGCGGUGGUGAGUAGGGAGGCCGCAGGCGGACCUUUGCAGAGCCUGAAGCCCGGGGCAGGACCCGGGCUUCUUCCUGGGGGAGUUUCCUGCCCGGUCCGCCCUCCCCGGCCUCUCCCCGCCCCCUCUCCGGGCCGCUCCUUGUAUGGUCUGGGCGCCGCUCUCUCCCCGCCCCCUCCCUCCCUUCCCUUGCGUGUCGUCCCUCCCCGCCUGGCUAGAGGCUGCUCCGGACCGGGACGCAGAGUCCGCGGACUCGGCGCCUGGGCGGUCACCGGAGACGCGGCGCUCACGCUCCUGCCCGCGCAGCCCGGCCUGGCCAUGGCGGCCCCCCGCCCGCCUCCCGCGAUCUCGGUCUCCGUCUCGGCCCCGGCGUUUUACGCCCCGCAGAAGAAGUUCGCCCCGGUUGUGGCCCCGAAGCCCAAAGUGAAUCCUUUCCGGCCUGGGGACAGCGAGCCUUCUGUGGCAGCUGGGGCCCAACGAGCACAGAUGGGCCGGGUGGGCGAGAUCCCCCCGCCGCCCCCGGAAGAUUUUCCUUUGCCCCCUCCUCCCCUUAUUGGGGAGGGCGACGAUUCAGAGGGUCCUCUGGGAGGUGCCUUUCCACCUCCGCCUCCCCCGAUGAUCGAGGAACCAUUUCCCCCUGCUCCUCUGGAGGAGGACAUCUUCCCCUCCCCUCCACCUCCCCUGGAGGAAGAGGGAGGGCCUGAGGCCCCCACCCAGCUCCCGGCGCAGCCCAGGGAGAAAGUGAGCAGUAUUGACCUGGAGAUCGACUCCCUGUCCUCACUGCUGGAUGACAUGACCAAGAACGAUCCCUUCAAAGCCCGGGUGUCGUCUGGAUAUGUCCCCCCACCAGUUGCCACUCCAUUUGUUCCCAAGCCUAGUACCAAGCCUGGCCCUGGAGGCCCAGCACCCUUGCCUCCUUGGAAGGCCCCUUCUAGCUCCCAGCCAGCACCUCAGCCACAGGCCAAGCCUCAGGUCCAGCUCUUUGUCCAGCCUCAGGCCAAGCCCCAGGUCCAGCCCCUGCCUGUGUCUUCCACUAAUACACAGCCCCGAGGUCCCCUUUCUCAGGCUCCAACACCAGCACCUAAGUUUGCUCCAGUGGCUCCUAAAUUUACUCCUGUGGCUUCCAAGUUCAGCCCUGGUGCUUCAAGUGGACCUGGGUCACAGCCCAGUCAAAAAUUGGUGCCUCUGGAAGCUUCUCCUUCUAUGGGCACAGGGUCCCCUCAGGCCCCUAGCUUCACCUAUGCUCAGCAGAAGGAGAAGCCCCUAGUUCAAGAGAAGCAGCACCCAGUGCCUCCACCAGCUCAAAACCAAAACCAGGUGCGCUCUCCUGGAGGCCCAGGACCCUUGACCUUGAAGGAGGUGGAGGAGUUGGAACAGCUGACCCAGCAGCUGAUGCAUGACAUGGAGAAUCCUCAGAGGCAGAGCAUGGCUGUGAAUGAGUCCUGUGGCCAAUGCAAGCAGCCACUGACCCGCUCACAGCCUGCAGUCCGUGCACUGGGACAACUGUUCCACAUCAGCUGCUUCACUUGCCAUCAGUGUCAGCAGCAGCUGCAGGGACAGCAGUUCUACAGCCUGGAGGGGGCACCCUAUUGUGAGGGCUGCUACACUGAAACCCUGGAGAAGUGCAACACCUGUGGGCAGCCCAUCACUGACCGCAUGCUGAGGGCCACUGGCAAAGCCUACCAUCCCCAGUGCUUCACCUGUGUGGUCUGCGCCUGUCCCCUGGAGGGCACCUCCUUCAUCGUGGACCAGGACAAUCAGCCCCACUGUGUCCCUGACUACCACAAGCAAUAUGCUCCAAGGUGCUCCGUCUGCUCAGAGCCCAUCAUGCCUGAGCCUGGCCGAGAUGAGACCGUGCGAGUAGUUGCUCUGGAUAAGAACUUUCAUAUGAAGUGUUACAAGUGUGAGGACUGUGGGAAGCCCCUGUCCAUUGAGGCAGAUGACAACGGCUGUUUUCCUCUGGAUGGCCAUGUACUUUGUCGGAAGUGCCACACUGCUAGAGCCCAGACCUGAGUUGAGGAUGGGCCUUCUUCCAGACCACAGGUCCAUCCCCCACCACGGACCACCCACACUGAGACCAAUCCUUGCCUCUACCCUCCCUGCAUUCCAAACCCCUCCCCAGUGUCUCAAGUGCCCUGACCAAGGGCCUCAGCAUGGCCUAGAGUUGCUGAGGCCCCGUCCUGGUGCUGAGGCCCAGCCCUGGGCUCCAACCCUUGCUUCUCCUGCAAGGACUGCCCAUCAUCCUGAGGUUCCUAACCCAAGGGUCACGUUUAGUGCUGCUGCUUUCACUGCUGCACCAAUGCCCUUGGCUGGCCUGAGCAGCCUAUGCAAUGUGCUUGCUGAGGGUGGGAGAAGCCUCACCCUCCAGGAGCCUAGCUCCAGCAGCCUGGACCCACUUUGCCCUGUGCUGCUAGGCUGUGGCCACAGCUAAGAUUAUAAAACCUAAUUUUCCAGAA